AUGACAGCCCCUCCAACCCGGAUCCUCCUCCUCGGCGCCGGCGAACUAGGCACAGCCUUCCUCCCUCACCUCUCCGCCCUCCCCAACACUCACAUCACCAUCGGCAUCCGCUCCCCAUCCAAAUACACUCACCUCCAAUCCCCCAACAUCUCCCUCACACCUAUCGACCUCUCUUCACCCUCUCCUGACCUCGCACAAAUAUUCUCCGCAUACAACAUCCUCAUCUCCGCCACAGGCUUCGGCGCCGACCCCUGCAGCGUCCUCAAACUCGCCGAGGAAGCCCUGUCGGCCGGCAAGAUCAGAAAAGAGCAGGGGAAAGGGAAAUUAUGGUUCUUUCCCUGGCAGUGGGGGGUUGAUUACGACGUCAUUGGUGAUGGGGAAGGUAUGAUGCCGUUGUUCGGUGCGCAGCGCGAUGUGAGGAAUUUGUUGCGGCGGAAGGCUGAGGAGAGUAAUGUCAAGUGGACGGUCGUUAGUACUGGGAUUUUCAUGUCGUUCCUUUUCGAGCAGUUCUGGGGUAUCGUGGAUCGGAGUAAAGAGGAGGAAGGGAAAGUGGUGGUAAGGUGUCUGAGGGACUGGGAUCACAAAGUUACUGUUACGGAUGUGAAUGAUAUUGGACGGGUGUUGGCGAGGAUUAUAGCGGGGGAUGUGGAAGCCAGGGACCGUGUAUUGUAUAUUGCGGGUGAUACGAUUAGUUACAGGCAGCUGGCUGAGAUUGUCAAGCGGGUGAGCGGGAAGCAGGUUGGGCAGGAGGCGUGGAGUAUUGAGCAUUUGAAGAAGGAGCUUGACUUGGCGCCAGAAGAUGGUAUCAAUAAGUACAGACUGGUAUUUGCCAGGGAUGGCGUGUGGUGGGAAAUGGACAGGACGGUGAAUAAGGCGCUGAGCAUGGACAUGAUGGAUGUUGAAACGUUUGCUAGAAGUCUGUUCAGUAGAUAG